CUGUUUUCCUGCUGUGCGCAGCAGCUGUACGCCGGAAAAGAAACAGAUUCUAUUGGAGCGGCUCGAGCGAUGGAAAGCAGCCUGCGGAAUCGGAACGGUGGCGAAUUUCAUGCGAAUUUGCAGUGACCAUUUUUUGGGAGGUAAACCUUCCGAGCCAUACGAUACAGGACAUGUUGAUUGGGUACCAUCACUUCUGCUACUCGAGAAUUCUUUGCCACUAGAAACAGAGUGUUUGGUAAAGUCAUUUGGAUUUGUUCAACAACUCGAAAUACAGAAAAAUUUGAUUCAAACUGAUAAUGGACAAGACGUACGAAGUUUGCAUCUGCAAUCAGAUUUUCCUAUGUUACCUGCUCAGGGAGUACCCGCAUUGACCAGAGAAAUCGUAGAAAAAGGAAUAGCGAAAGAUGACAAUGCUCAGCAUAGCCUUGCUGCACAAUGUAACACUGUGAAUAUCACGCACCCAAUCCUGGUGCCAAUACCCGUUCACACUACGAGUAUAUCCGGUAUGUCUUCUCAACAAGUUUUGCGGAGAAUCUCGCCAAGUGACGAACACGUAAUGAUGGACAUUUACGAUGCUGAGCUGAUUCCAAGCAUAAGUGAAAUGCCAUCCAAAGAGCCAGUCAAUUGUGAAACGGAUGUGAGCAUGUUAAGUUUACCGUUGUAUGAUGCCAUGAGUCCAAGUCGAGUGAAGUUUGCAAGUGCUGCAAUGAUUGAAUAUGACCCUGAACAAGUUUCCUUACAAGAUAAUUGCACAGACGGAAUCUCAGAUGGCUUUUCAGACAUGUAUACAUCGUUCCCCGGCCAACAUUUUGAAUUGGUUUCACAGGAUGUCCCAGCAUAUACGAAUCAUGUGUCUGCUGUUAAGUCACAGGAGCGCGUAUGCGAUGGUGAGAAUAUCACUAUUUCCAAAAAUUGUAUUGGGGUACAAACUAACGAAAAAUGGCUUCGUUAUUCUGCGAAACUGAAAAAGACCCAUAAUAAGAUUUUGGAGGAAAAUCGAAAACAUCAGCAAACUAUCCAACAGCUUCGAACAAAAUUGCAUACCGCUGAAUUAUCAACAAGGUAUACAAUCACAUCACUGGAAACCGAUGAUAAAAAGUGUAAAUAUGUUACUGGUAUCAGUUCCGGUAUUGUACUCCGUCAGUUGUAUGAGGCUGUUAAAAACGACUUGCCAUUUUAUGAAGAGACAUACCGUGAAAAAAUGUUUAUUCUGGCGUUCAGAAAAAUUCGAUUAAACGAACCAUUCUAUACGCUCUCACUGAUAUAUGACAUGCACCAUAGCACAGUUGCUGAUAAAGUAUUUCAGAUUAUCCACUAUGCAGGAAAGAUGGAACGGUGA